UUUCCACUACUGGCUACUGCGUCGGCACGCCGUUAACGCUACUACGACCAUCAUCUUCCCCAAAUCCUCGGAAAUCAAAGAUGCUAUAGAAUGAAAAUGGAGAAUCCCUUCUGUUGGUUGGUUGGUUUCCGACUAUGAUAGAGUGUGUUACAUCAUAUAUUUAUAUACUAUUUCGGUUUUGAUGAGCAAUUAAAAAAAAAGGAAAAGAAAAAAAAAUGAGAAUAAGAUUAUUGAAAAAUCUGGCUAGUACCAUCAUCAUCCACAAGAAAACCCUGUGGUUGCUAGGUAUAGGUGGUCGUGGUCGUACUACCAACUUCAAUCCGGUCAUUGGAGCUCUCACACUCAGCAGUUCCCCUCACCAAAAUGACCAUUCCCUGGCCUACAUUGAAAACCCUAACUUUAAGAUUUCUAAGAGGUGGCACAUUGGCCACUCCGACCACCACCGCGAUCAUGAAGACGACCUCCUCUCCGGCAAGGAAGGCGAGAGGAUUUUCCGCCUGGGACUCGCCUCCGAUGUCGGCUUGGCUGCUGGUAAAGCCUUGACGGGUUACCUCUCCGGUAGCACCGCCAUCAUUGCCGAUGCCGCUCACUCUGUCUCCGACGUGGUUCUCAGUGGAGUGGCAUUGUUUUCUUUUAAAGCUGCAAGGGUCCCCAAGGAUAAAGAACACCCAUAUGGUCAUGGUAAAUUUGAGACUCUUGGAGCCCUUGGAAUUUCAGCUGCGCUUUUGGCUACUGCUGGAGGAAUUGCAUGGCAUGCUGUGGAUGUUUUGCUGGGGUUUUGGUGUGCAGCUCCUGAGGUUAUUAAUCAGUCAUUGGCUCACGAACACAUGCAUGGACAUGGUCAGGGUGGACAUCACCAUGGAAUUGAUAUGGCUCACCCUGUCCUAGCUUUGAACAUGACCAUAGUGUCUAUAGCUGUUAAAGAAGGGUUAUACUGUAUUACCAAGAGGGCUGGGGAAAGGGCUAACAGCAGGCUAAUGAAAGCCAAUGCUUGGCAUCAUCGUGCAGAUGCUGUUUCAUCAGUAGUUGCUCUUAUAGGGGUUGGAGGGUCCAUACUUGGAGUGAGGUUCCUUGAUCCUUUGGCAGGACUAGUUGUCUCUGGCAUGAUCCUAAAAACUGGACUUGAAACUGGUUAUGAAAGUGUCUUGGAACUGGUAGAUGCUGCUAUACCAUCACAACUAAUGGAACCUUAUAGAAAUGCAAUUCUGCAGGUUGAAGGAGUUAAGGGAUGCAACCAUUUGAGAGGACGGAGGGCUGGUUCUUUUCUCUAUCUUGAUGUAAACGUGGAGGUUGAUCCUUUUUCUAGUGUUAGUGCUGCACAUGAUGUUGGUGAAAAUGUUCGUCGGAAAAUACAGCAGUCCCAUCCUGAAAUAGCUGAAGUCUUCAUCCAUAUAGAGCCUUCAAGCUCCGGUAUUCCACCAGUCCAUAGUGCGACAGAGGAAGAUGGUAAAUCUAAUGAAAAUCCUAGUGGGUCUUUGGAAUGCUCAGAUGUUGAAGAUAUAGUGUCCAAUAUCUUGUCAUCAAAGUUUGCAGAGAAACUGACAGUUCAGCGGAUAACUCGUCACAUGUUGCAAGGGCGGAUUUUGCUUCAGAUUGAGGUUACUAUGCCUCCUGAUAUGUUAAUUAGGGAUGCUGUCAAAGUUGCAGAAGAGGCAGAGAAAGUGAUCUUCGAGGCUGUACCAAACAAUGUCAGCAUUUCUAUGCAGCUACGACUUGCACAUGCAACACCAAACUUGCAUUAUGAAUGGAAAGAAAGCGACAAUGGCAGUAGAGUCACAUCUCCAUAGUUCAAUGCAGUUCUUUUCGACAGACAUUUGGGGCUAUUUUUGGUGCAAAGCCCUAAAUGAAUCUAAGUUGUCUAAAAGCAGUAGUAUUAGAAUACACGACACGAUUUCUAAUCCUAGAUGACAGGAAGCAUUUGUUUUCA